GAGACAUCACUGAAUCCAGUAGAUGGCUUAAAUAAUUCCUUUAUUUAUUCCAAACCGAAUGACAUUUCAACAGAUCAAUCUCUAAUUGUUAUGAGAGAUGCGGUUAGUUCACCGUCAGAUUACUUCUUUCAAGGAACUAAGAAAAAUGAAGAUCUUAAUGGUGAAGGUCAACUGGAUGAAAUUGAAAAAAGUGUUGCUUCAGAAGAUCUUGACUACAACAAACAAAUCACCUAUCAAACAUAUCCGCUGAAAAAUUUGACUCCUUCCAUAAGGACCGUUUCUGAAGAACCUCCAGGAGUUUCAGAGCUUCCGGACUUUGAUAAUUCCAUAGCCUAUGUCAAUAGAGAGCUCUUGCAAGAGAUUGGGAGUGGAGCAUCCCUUUGUAUUAUAGGCACCAAUUCUGGAUGCAGUAGUCACGAAGAAUGUGUGAUCAGAGCGGGUAUAGAGGUUUGUGAAUGUCUAAAGACAUAUGGGAGAAGACACAGACAACGAUAUGCCCCGUGCCAACCCAUAAAAUACACCUUCGUUGUAGAAAUCGUUUUAGAACACCCUUUCCGCGAAGAAUAUUUGGACCAGUCAAGCACAGCCUUUUUUAGCCUCACCGAUGCUCUACUCACUUUGUUAGAAUUCACAAUCCUGGCGAAUCCAACGCUGGAUUCUCUUGUAAUAGCUACGCGGGUAAUCGAUUUGAGACCAGGUUCAACCAUUGCCACGGUAGUGGUUUACUUAAAUGAUAAAGCCACAGUUAAUCCAGUUACCCAAAAGUUUUUGUGGGACGAAUUGCAUAAAAAUAUUCCUUCCAACGAUAUCAGAUUUGGUGCAAAUUCCCUAAACUAUAUCAAAGCUAUCAGUCUGUGCGAUCGUGCAGAAACCAACCCCUGCAGUCAAAACGCUGAUUGUUCGAUCAAAAACCGAUACGAAUUUGGUGGUUGCAAAUGCAAAAGAGGAUACCGCGACGUUUCUCCUAUCAAUUCUUACAACGGCAGUGUUUGUAUAAAAUUUUCGGGUGAGUGCGAUAUCGAAUUGAACACCGGAUGCGGUCCUGAAGAGGUAUGCAUCAUGACUCACGAUAAGAGCGCCUGUGUGUGUCAACCUCCUUACAUAAAAAAUGUCAUAACCAGAGAAUGCCAAGUCAUGGGUAGUUGCAAUCCUCAUAUAAAUAGUGGCUGCGGUUUUAACGAGGUUUGUCAACCACAAGGAAUGGGCGCUAUUUGCAUCUGUUCUCCCGGAUACACCAGGAAUUUUUUUAAAGGAUAUUGUCAAAUUAUGCAAGGGGAUCAAUGUGACGUCCAUUCUCAAAGAGGCUGCAAGAGAUACGCCAAGGAAAAAUGCAUUAUCAUCAAUGGACGAGGCGUAUGCGCCUGUAGACACGGGUACUAUCUGGAUGUCGACACUAAUUCAUGUCAAAAAGAUUAUUCUGAAUGCGAUCCCCUAACUGAAGAAAGUUGUUCCGACGGAGAAAGAUGCGUUUACAACCACAAAAUUACAGUGUGCGAAUGUUUGCCAGGCUAUUUUCGAAACCCUAUUACUCAAACAUGCAUAUCUGAUGUCCUAACGGUGAGGGUGCGGAUUCAUUUGUUCUUGGUUUACGUUCCUGGACUGGAGAAUAUUUACAGCCCAUCGUUUCAAUACCUGCAAAAUAGCUUACUAGAAGCAUUUUGGUACUUUGUUAGUCAAGAUUCUGAUCUUAACGAAUGCAUACUAGAUAUUGCGGUCUUCAAUUUUCUACCGGGCAGCAUAAUAGCCGAAACUCGCUUCGUACUUAAACCUCAAGGCAACGUAUCAGCUAACUACAUCAAAAGAUCUAUUCAGAACGCCAUAAUCCCCCAGGAACCGAUGUUCCAAUCUUUACGUUUCAAAGAUGCCAUGAUUGAGGCUGAAGAGGAAAGCCCCUGUUCUGACCAUAAAUUGAAUUAUUGUGGGCCGAAUGCGUAUUGUUUUUUGAUUGGCUCAACCUACAAAUGCAAAUGUCUAGCGGGGUAUAGGGACGUUUCCUUACCUCGAAAUUCGAAGCAAAGAUGCGAACUUGUAUGUUUAGACGAACACUGCGCGUACAACGGAAAAUGCUAUUGGGAGGGCCAAUCUAAAGCUUGCGGCUGCCAUUUUGGGUAUUACGGCAAAAGAUGUCACGUGAAUGGAAUACCUAUCCUCGUUACAUUAACGGUAUCUGUAAUCCUAUUCAUAAUAUUUGCCCUCAUCAUGGUAACGAAGAAAAAUUCCGACAAAUACCAACGCGGAAAAGACCAUAUCAAGAGAUAUUUGAAAGAAAAACAACGCAUUUUAAAUAAGAAGGAUAUCUCCGAUGAAUCGAGGGAUGGAGAAAUUUGUAAAAACGGAUACAGGAACUUGUCGUUGACUUCCGGUAAACAGAAUUUGGUCGAAUCAAUGUUAUACGUGGGACUUAUAGAUAGCUUUGUAACACUAUCAACCAAUUCUAAUAGUGACCCCAACAGAAGUUCGUGUUUAUCACCUAUUGGAGACAGGUACAAGAGAAAUGGGUCCCUUCUCAAGAUAAUAACGCGCAAAUCUUACAGGCUCGCGAAAAAGGGCGCGGAUUAUAUCCAAUGGUUGCACCAUUCCCCUAGCACCAUCACCGAAGAAUCAAACAGUUUAUAUGCGAAAGAAGCCAAUUGCAAAAGUCUUAUUAUAAAAACCCGCGAGAAUGUUGGGAAUGUGAGUAGUGGUUCUUCUAACCUCGAUUCAAUUUAUUCUAGCGAAGAUCUAGAUAUCGCCCUCUAUAAUCGAAACUUCCUCGCGGACAAGAAUAAUAUCCAUCAAAAUGCCCAAAAGGUGACAAGCUCUAAAUCAAGCAACUUAAGCCAUAACGCUGUCAAAAGAAAUGACUUCCAUGCCAAUAGAGAGUAUUCUCUAUAUAGAUAAUCGAUCCAAGUCUCAAAGAAUGCCCCCCCCUUCCUUAAUUCUAAUUGUUAUUUAACUAAAGAGGAGUCAAACACGGAUUGUAUAAUAUAUACCACUUAAAUUUUUCAUAUUUUAAACAAUGACAUAUAUAAUACCUAGACUGACGAUCCAUUCAUUAAAUUGCAUUUUUAAGCGUCUUUAAAAGCAAAUCAGCUGGACUUUGGUAACACUUAUAGU